AAUGUUCAGUGCGGCCUGCAGGUGGCGCUCGGCAGGCAGAUCCAGGAUAAUGGAAAUGUUCCUUUGGUUUUGGUGGGAGGACCCGAGUCCCUGCUGAGCCGCUCGCCUGUUGUCUCUGGGAGACUUGCGGGGAACUUGUUUCUCAGGAGUUCUCGGGUAGAAGCUGCUACAUGUGCUGGGGGUCCCCGGGAGCAGGUGAUCGUAAUGUUGGAACUGGCCCAGUCCCUGCUUGUCUGCCUUUGCCUAUCUUUGUCUGUUUCCUCUCUUCCCAACUUCCUUCGGCCCAAUGUCACAUUCAACCAUAUGGCUUAUGACCCCGGCUCAGGCUACAUCUACAUUGGGGCCGUCAACUGGAUCUUCCAGCUGUCAUCUGACCUGCAGCUACUGGCGGAGGAUUCGACUGGUCCAGUGCUUGACAGUCCGGAGUGUCUUCCCUUCAAAGAACCUAGAGAUUGUCCACAGGCCACUUACACCCACAACUCUAACAAGCUUUUGACUGUCCACUCUCAUGGUGGAGAGUUAUUGACCUGUGGACAUGUGUUUCAGGGAAUUUGCGAGAAACGGAACUUGACUAAUAUUUCUAAUAUAAUCUACCAGACAGAGGACCCAGGUGACAAUCAGUUUGUGGCAGCCAAUGAUCCCAAAGUCACCACUGUAGGGAUAGCUGAAACGACACCACAGGGGGAUUACCUUUUUGUAGGACGGGGCUUGACCGCUAGACUAUCUAGUGGGAUCCCACCCAUUACUAUACGCCAGUUGGAAAAGCCAUCUGUGUUCUCCAAUGAAGGUUUGGGCAAACUUGUGGUGGGCGACUUUUCGGAUUACAACAACACUUUUGUGGGAGUAUUCUCGGAUGAAGGCCACGUUUACUUCCUGUUUUACCGCCGGGGAUCGAAAUCACAAAUGGAGUACAAAACAUACCUUGGCAGUGUCUGCAGCAAGGACAUUCACCUCUACUCCUAUGUGGAAGUUCCUCUGGUUUGUGAAGGUUACAAUCUGGCACAGGCUGCCCAUCUGGAGACUAAGACCAGAGAACUUUUUGUGGUGUUUUCUGCCAGCCAAGGUCCAAUUCCAUCUCCCAGCAGCCGGACAGCGCUCUGUUCCUUUAAGAUGGAAUUAAUUAAGAAACAGAUUGAACAGGCACGAGUUUUGUGUUAUACUCAAUUGGGCAAGGGGGAAAGUGGUCAAGAGGAGGCUGGGAUCGAAUAUGGUGUGAACUCCAGGUGUGCGUCACUCUAUAAGGAAUCCCCAAAGAACUUUCCAUGCGGAGGAGAUCACACUCCCAGCCCGAUUGCCAGCCGCAUCCCCGUCAUCGCUUCACCUUUGAUCACCAAUGACUCUAGUCUCACCGCCGUAGCCGCAGUAGUGGAAGACUCUGGCACGGUUGUUUUCCUUGGAGAUGCUGGAGGAUCUAUACAUAAGGUAUUUGUUUCUUCUGGCACUGGACAAGUCUACAACUCAAUGAUGGUGGUUCCGGGAUCUCCUGUAAGCCCUGACCUAGUUUUGGACACCUCAGGGAGGUUCCUGUAUGUUAUGACUGAAUCAAAGGUCACCAGACUUCCAGUUUCUGAGUGUUCCAGCUUCACUUCAUGUGAUUCGUGCCUUGGAGCCGGGGACCCCUUCUGUGGCUGGUGUGUCCUGCAGGGAAGAUGCACAGAGAAGCAGCAGUGUGCAGACAGCGGUGAGACUAACCACUGGCUAUGGAGCUUCGACCACCAGACUCAGUGCGUGUCCAUCCAGCAACUCUCGCCAGCGAACCAGAGCAGACAUGUGCAGACAGAGGUCUACAUGACUGUGCUGAACGUUCCGGCCGCCGCAGAUCAAGACGCCUGGAAGUGUCUGUUUAAUGAUUGGUCCAGUCCUGCUGAGGUCUCUGGGGACAAGGUCAGGUGCAACUCACCACCACCAGAAGCACUGCCUCCGAACCAGCAGGACAAAGAUCAUGUGACUGUACGUUUGGCGCUGGUCUUCCGGGAUGUCACUGUCACAGUGACCGACUUUGUCUUUUAUGACUGUGCGGCUCUUAUGGACCUGGCAGUAUCUAAUCCGUGUAGCGCUUGUGUGAGCAGCCCCUGGAGAUGUUACUGGUGUCUGGCUGAUCACCUUUGUUCUCACGCCCCACAAUGCAGCCAAGAGGAGACCAUCAUCUACAGCCAGAAUGAUGAACAAAAGGAGCUGUGGGGUCCAGACUCUUGCCCACGGGUGGAAAAAGUUGAAGGCUCUCACUUGAUUCAUGUAGGCCUGGAAGGAGAACUAGAUCUGAUAGGAUACAACCUUCAGCUCCUCAAUGGAGAGGCUUUAGAAUUCAAUUGCAUAAUAGAGGCAGAAGGGGCGCCCAUCACCCUGAGAGCGCAGAUCGAGAAGAUGACGGCAGGAAAGGACCUGUACAAAGUGCAUUGUGAAACUCAUAAGUAUGAAUACCCUCUACAAGUGAUGGAGCGUCAGGUUCCUGUGUACGUGAAGAAGGGGGAUAUGUACCGUGUGGACAACAAGGGGGACAUUACAGUGACCUUAUAUAACUGCUCUGUGGGCCAGUCAGACUGCAGCCGCUGCCAAGCCUUACCGCCUGAGUACCAGUGCAUGUGGUGUGGGGAGGAAGAGAAGGCAUCGUGUGUACACAAGGAUCAGUGUGAACAAAGCAUCGUCCGUGUCUGUCCUACACCGCUCAUCCGCUCGAUUUCACCAAGGACCGGUGUUUUGGAAGGAGGAACGAACAUUACUAUUGAUGGAGCAAAUAUGGGGCAGAGAGCGGAUGAAGUUUCGGUGACUGUAUGUGACCAGCCCUGUGCGGUUCUGCAAGACUUAUAUAUUGUGUCCAACAGGAUUGUCUGCACGCUGUCCGCUAGUCCAGAGGAGGUGUCUGGCGUUGUAAAAGUUUCAGUAAAUGGUCGUGAACCUGGCGUUUCCAGCGAGCUUUUCUCUUAUCAGGACCCCGUUCUCCAGUCUCUAGAUCCACUUAGAGGCCCCAUGGCUGGUGGGACAAUGAUCACCCUCUCUGGGUCCAAGCUAUUGACCGGUGACCAGAUAUCUGUGACCGUGGGGGAUUUGCCUUGUGAAAUAUUUGGGGAUUUAUUAGAAGACCAGUUAUAUUGUAUCACGAGCCCCAGUUCUGACAAGCAGGAGAUGCUGGUCAAAGUGUACUAUGGUAGUACAGUAAGGAGCCUAGAGGACAUAUUCUACAACUAUACUGAAAACCCAACUAUUUCCUCUGCUUCUCCUUCCAGAGCCUUCUAUGGGGGAGGACGGAAAAUUCUGGUAACUGGUUUAAACCUGGAUGUAGUUCAGACUCCACGCAUGUGUGCUCUGGUGCAAUCGCCAGCCGAGGAACCUGAGCCUGGAGAGGAGAAAAGGAGAAGAAAAAGGAGGAGAAGAAGGGAAUCCAUAGCUAGUUCUAUUCAGGAGAUAAGUGAAAAUUGUCUCCAGAACUCCUCCACAGUCAUGGAGUGCAUUUCACCUACUAUCCCCGACAACGCCAUCCUAGUGGAUGUGUUAUUUGUUCUAGACAAUAUUCGGAUUUCAUACAGUAGCCUCGGGGAGAACUUCACCUACCAGAAGAACCCGGUCCUGAAGCCUCUGAACCGUGACAACCCCAGUAAACCCUAUAGCCUAAAGCCUGGGAAUGUUCUGGAUAUAGAGGGUGAAGGCCUGGAUUUUGGUAUAAGCAAGCAAGAAGUUCAAGCGAUGAUUGGAAAUGGUGUUUGUACCGUGAAAACUCUCACCCACAACCACUUGUACUGCGAACCGCCUCUUACUUCCCCGCAGCCAGUCGACUCUGCUGUUCUACCAGAGUUUGUGGUGCGCAUGGGAAAUCUCCAUUUCAACCUAGGACAAGUGAAAUAUGACGUGGAGGGACAGUCUAGUUUCCCUAAAGAAGCCAAAAUUGGCAUUGGAGUUGGAGCUGCCCUGCUCAUCCCGGUCGUACUAGUAAUCAUCUUCAUGUACAUGCGACAGAGCAAAAAAGCAAAGAGGGAUUACGAGAAGGUCCUUGUCCAACUAGAGAACCUGGAGACCAGUGUGGGUGACCAGUGCAGAAAGGAAUUUACUGAUUUGAUGACAGAAAUGAUGGAUCUUACUAGUGACAUUGAAGGCUCCGGCAUUCCAUUCUUGGACUAUACAACGUACACUGAAAAGAUAUUCUUCCCCGGAGACACCGUCUCACCGCUCCGGAAGAGCCUGGAUGUCCCAGAGUCCAGACGCAGCACUGUGGAACAAGGCCUUACCCAGCUCUCCAACCUGCUCAACAAUAAGCUUUUCCUUACCAAGCUGAUUGAAACACUGGAUGCCCAAGUCACCUUAUCGCAACGGGACCGCUGUCAUGCCGCCUCCUUGCUCACUGUAGCUCUGCAUGGUAAACUGGAGUAUCUGACUGAUGUCAUGAAGACCCUGCUGUGUAACCUGAUAGACCAAUGUGUGGCCAAGAAUCCCAAACUUUUGCUUCGCAGGACAGAAACCAUAGUGGAGAAACUGCUGACCAACUGGAUGUCCAUCUGUCUGCACUCUUUCCUUCGGGAGGCGGCGGCGGAGCCUUUGUACAAGUUAUACCGCGCCAUAAUGUAUCAGGUAGAUAAAGGUCCAGUGGACGCGGUGACUGGUAAAGCUAAGCGCACUCUGAAUGAUGGACGGCUCUUGAGGGAAGACAUUGAGUGUCGUUCGAUGACCCUAACGGUUAUAGUGAAGAAUGGGGCAGAAGUGCAGCGGGUUCCAGUCAAAGUGCUGGACACGGACACCAUCACACAGGUUAAAAUGAAGAUUCUGAAUCAUGUUUACAAAGGGACGCCAUUCUCCCAGCGACCUCCUGUGCACACGCUUGACCUGGAGUGGCGCUCCGGUCAGGCAGGCCAUUUGACUCUCUCAGACGAGGACUUGACGUCAUUGGUUCAGGGUCAUUGGAAGAGACUGAAUACCUUGAACCAUUAUAAGGUGCCAGAUGCCGCUACGGUAACUUUAAUACCACGGCUACAUAAUAACCAAUGUGAGACGCCAAGCAACAAUUAUAUGGGCGGGGAAAAAACUCCAAUGUUGGAAGAUGGUGAAGAUGGUGGCAUCAGGGUAUGGCACCUGGUAAAGUCUGUGGAGGAGCCGGAGGUGUGUAAGCAGCGCCGGAGCAGCUUGCGGGAGAGAGAACGCGCCAAAGCCAUUCCGGAAAUCUACCUAACACGCCUGCUGUAUAUGAAGGGAACACUGCACAAAUUCGUCGAUGACACUUUCCAGGCGAUGUUGGGAGUAAACCGACCUGUUCCCAUCGCCAUCAAAUAUUUCUUUGAUUUUCUGGAUGAAAUGGCUGAGAAACAUGGAAUUUUAGAUAAAGAGACUGUGCAUAUCUGGAAGACACACAGCCUGAUGCUGAGGUUCUGGGUGCUCAUACUGAAGAACCCUCAGAUGGUCUUUGAUAUCGAGGUAUCGGAGAACGUAGACUCCAUCCUAUCAGUCAUCGCUCAGACCUUCAUCGACUCAUGUACCGUCUCAGAGCAUAAAGUGGGCAGGGACUCUCCUGUCAAUAAAUUACUUUAUGCUCGUGAGAUUCCACGGUACAAGCAACUGGUGGAGAAGUGCUAUGCUGACAUCGCAGAGACCACCCCUGCUAGUUACCAGGAAAUGAACUCCUCCCUUACAGAGCUAUCGGGGAUUCACGCAGAUGACCUGAACUCCCUGGUUGCGCUGCAUGAACUGUAUAACUAUAUCAACAAGUACUAUGAUCCGAUCAGCCAAGCUUUGGAGGAGGAUCCCAGCGGGCAGAAGAUGCAGCUGGCCUAUCGCUUACAACAGAUCUCUGCUCUGGUGGAAAACAAAGUGACGGAUCUAUAAUAGACGUGGUGUCACAUGACUGUCUCCGGCAUCCCAUAGUGACACCUUAUGGGAAAAUAGCACGGAGAGGCAGCUGUUGGUCUUCCCACUGGUGAAGUCUUAUGUCACUGGAUGACACCCAUAGACGCUUAAGAACAAUUUACAUUUCCCCUUUUAUAGCACUUUCUUUCCACAAUACAGGAGAAAUGCCAAGUUCCACCAUAUCGGUUUGAGCUGCCGUACCCAGAAUCCUUUACUGGUUCAUCACCAGCCCUGCUGUGCGCUGCCUACCUCAGUGGAAUUGUACAAGUGCCUUACGUCUGAUUCUUCCUAUGGUCUGUCGGGGUCCACCUGUGACCUGUCUUGGUCCAUGGAAGGACGACCGUAUGCAGCCCUGACCUUGUUCCCUUCGGUUGUUUAGUAAGGAGUUAAUAAAUAAUACACAGUUUGGAUGUAUAUUAUAACUAUAUGGCAGGGAGAGGUGGUAGGUAAAGGUGGCAUUGUCCAUAGCAACCUAUGGGCCACAAUGUCUCUGCACAGUUCUCAUUCAUGUCCCUCAAUAUACUGUAUGCGAGUCCUCUGUGCUUGAGCCAGCCCUGGGGUCACCACUGAAUACAGGGCACUAUGGGUAUAGUACAUUGUUUUCCAACCAGUGUGCCUCCAGCUGUUGCAAAAACUACAACUCCCAGCAUGCUGGGAGUUGUAGUUUUGCAACAGCUGGAGGCACACUGGUUGGGAAACACUGGUAUAGUAAAUAGUGGCCAUAUUGUGUCAUUGAGGUGCCAGGGAGAGGAUUCAGUGUGAUGAGUGCGGUGUCUGGUGGUGGCGCCCCCUUGAGAUCACCGCACUGUCUGUCUCCAGAGAGCGUUGUAUUGCUUUUGUUUGUUUCUAACUUAUGCAAAGCCUGUAAAUAGAUAUAACUAUAUUUAUUGUUCUUUUUAUCCAGAUUGUUUUUGCAAAUAAAAUGAUUUUUUAGAAAGCGACUUGUCAGAUUUUAAGUU